AUGUCACGGAGACAGUGGGUGGUGACAUGUGUAUGCUUAUCUCCAGCUUUAAAUACCAAUGCUUAUAUCUUUGUCUCUGUCCAAAACGCAUCUGCUAUAGAUAAGAAACCAGAGGUUUUCCGUGCCUGCAAGGCCAUUGGUGCAGUUCUUUGUGAUAUGUGUGGGUGUACAGGAAAAUGGAAAGCUCUCAACCAAAAACGAGCCAAAAAUGUUGAUGAGUUUAUAGACUGUCCUAACUGUUAUGGGUUGUCUCGCAGCACAGAGGCAGUAGUUAUGAUUAUAGAAGAGGACGAAAACUAA